AUGGAAGACGAAGUGUUGAGUAUUGCAAAACCAAUUGUUUUCGAUGAAUCUAUUGCUCACUGUGAGGUGCAUGCUCAUUUGCCAUAUGCCUCGUCAACGUUAAAUAGCAGCGAUGAAAUUCGAAUAGCAGUUCAGAAUCAAGAUCACUGCCUUUUACCAGGAAAAAGUUCGCUACACAUUCAGGGAAAAUUGGUAAAAAACGAUGGGACACCUACUAACAAUACCAGAUUCAUUAUAAAUGGUAUUUGUCAUUUAUUUGAGGAAGCACGCUAUGAGUUAAAUGCUGUUGAAAUCAAUAAAUGUAAAAAUGUUGGACUGACGAGUGUUAUAAAAAAUUAUGUUUCAAUUUACAGCAAUCAGAGUAAAUUUUUAGAAAACGCAGGUUGGUUUCCAACGUGUACUGAAAACACCUCUCUUACUGAUAAUAAUGGUAAUUUUAACAUCGUAAUACCUCUAAGCUUAAUAUUUGGUUUCAUUGAAGACUAUCAAAAAAUUAUUGUUAACGCUAGACAAGAAUUAAUUUUGACAAGAGCAAGAAGUGAUGUUAACGCAAUUAUGCAAACUGCUGAAGAAAAAGUGAAAAUUUCUAUUACUAAAAUUGAAUGGCUAUUACCCAAUGUAAGAUUAUCGGAUGCCAGAAAAUUCAAGUUACUCAAGUAUAUUGAAAAGGAUCCACUCAUUCCAAUUAAUUUCCGAGCAUGGGAAUUGUAUGAAUAUCCAUUACUACCAACAACAGCGAAUCACGUUUGGACUGUCAAGACAUCAACACAAUUGGAGAAACCUAGAUUUGUUAUUCUAGGUUUUCAAACAAAUCGAAAAAAUGUAACCACGCGAAAUGCAAGUUGUUUUGAUCAUUGUAAAAUUACAAAUGUAAAACUAUUUUUAAAUAAUCAGUGCUAUCCUUAUGGUAAUCUUAACAUUGAUGUGGAUAAAAAACAAUAUGCAGUGCUUUAUGAAAUGUAUACAAAUUUUCAAGCUAGCUAUUAUUACAGAGAAUCUCAACCGUAUUUAACAAAAAACGAAUUUCUUGAAUUUGCUCCACUAAUAGUGAUUGACUGUUCAAAACAAAAUGAAUCCCUAAAAUACGGCCCUGUAGACAUUCGUCUUGAAUUUGAGGCAAAAGAAAAUUUCCCUGCACAAACUGCUGCCUAUUGUUUAAUUUUGCAUGACAGAAUUGUAGAAUAUCGACCAAUUAGUGGUGGGGUGAUAAAAAUUAUAUAA